AUGGAAGCUGGCGAAGGCGUCAGCAGCGCCACUCCCACGGAGGAGAUGAAUGGGACAGGAAACUUGAUGGACUUCCUGGAUGAGCCCUUCCCGGAUGUGGGCACCUAUGAGGACUUCCACACCAUCGACUGGCUGAGGGAGAAAUCCAGAGACACCGACCGCCACAGGAAGAUCACCAGUAAGAGUAAGGAGUCCUUCUGGGAGCUGAUUAAGAGUCUGCUUGACGCCUGGUCCGGAUGGGUGGUGAUGCUGCUGAUAGGACUGCUGUCAGGCACACUGGCCGGCGUGAUCGACCUGGCCGUGGACUGGAUGACGGACCUGAAGGAAGGCGUGUGUCUGACGGCCUUCUGGUACAGCCACGAGCAAUGCUGCUGGACCUCCAAUGAGACCACCUUCGACGACCGAGACAAGUGUCCUCAGUGGCAGAAGUGGGCUGAGCUGAUGACCGGCCACGCUGAGGGAGCCGGAGCCUACGUGUUGAACUACUUCCUGUACGUCCUGUGGGCGCUGCUCUUCUCCUUCCUGGCGGUGUCCCUGGUGCGGGUGUUUGCUCCAUAUGCCUGUGGUUCGGGUAUUCCUGAGAUUAAGACGAUCCUGAGCGGUUUCAUCAUCCGGGGGUAUCUGGGUAAAUGGACCCUGCUGAUCAAGACGGUGACUCUGGUCCUGGCUGUGUCCUCGGGUCUCAGUCUGGGGAAGGAAGGACCACUGGUCCACGUGGCGUGCUGCUGCGGGAAUCUCUUCUGUACCCUCUUCUCCAAGUACAGCAAGAACGAGGGCAAAAGACGAGAGGUAUUAUCUGCAGCGGCGGCGGCAGGAGUAUCUGUCGCAUUUGGAGCGCCAAUAGGAGGAGUCCUGUUCAGUCUGGAGGAGGUUAGUUACUACUUCCCUCUGAAGACGUUGUGGCGGUCCUUCUUUGCCGCCCUGGUGGCUGCCUUCACACUGCGCUCCAUCAACCCGUUUGGGAACAGCCGCCUGGUGCUGUUCUACGUGGAGUACCACACGCCGUGGUACAUGGCCGAGUUGGUCCCCUUCAUCCUGCUGGGUGUCUUCGGCGGGCUCUGGGGAACCCUGUUCAUCCGCGCCAACAUCGCCUGGUGCCGGCGCAGGAAGACCACCCAGCUGGGGAAGUAUCCUGUCCUGGAGGUGAUCGCCGUGACCGGCAUCACCGCCGUCUUGGCAUUCCCAAACCCGUACACGCGCCGCAGCACCAGCGAGCUCAUCUCGGAGCUCUUCAACGACUGUGGUGCAUUGGAGUCGUCCCAGCUGUGCGACUACAUCAACAACCCCAACAUGAGCCGGCCCGUGGACGAUAUACCGGACCGGCCGGCGGGACCGGGUGUCUACAACGCCUUGUGGCAGCUGGCCCUGGCACUAAUUUUCAAGAUAGUCAUCACCAUCUUCACCUUCGGCAUGAAGAUCCCUUCAGGUCUGUUCAUUCCCAGCAUGGCGGUGGGAGCCAUCGCUGGGCGUAUUGUCGGUAUUGCCGUGGAGCAGAUGGCAUACCACCACCAUGACUGGAUCAUCUUCAAGAACUGGUGCCGCCCCGGCGCCGACUGCGUCACGCCGGGACUGUACGCCAUGGUGGGCGCUGCUGCCUGUCUUGGUGGGGUGACAAGAAUGACCGUGUCCCUGGUGGUGAUCAUGUUCGAGCUCACGGGCGGUCUGGAGUACAUUGUACCCCUGAUGGCUGCUGCCGUCACCAGCAAGUGGGUGGCAGACGCCUUUGGCAAGGAGGGCAUCUACGAGUCGCACAUCCAGCUCAACGGCUACCCUUACCUGGACGUGCGGGACGAGUUCACCCAUCGCACCCUGGCCACGGAUGUGAUGCGGCCCAGACGGAGCGAGCCGCCGCUGGCCCUGCUAACCCAAGACACUACCACCGUGGAGGAUGUGGAGACACUCAUCAAGGAGACUGACUACAAUGGCUUCCCUGUGGUCGUAUCCCGGGAGUCCGAGAGGCUUAUCGGCUUCGUCCAGCGCCGGGACCUCACCCUGGCCAUCAAGAACGCCCGUCAGAAGCAGGACGGCGUGGUCAGCAGCUCGGUGGUCUAUUUCACCGAGGACGUCCCCCAGCUUCCAGCCAGCAACCCCCAGCCACUGAAGCUGUGGCGGAUCCUGAACCUCAGCCCCUUCACCGUCACCGACCACACGCCCAUGGAGACGGUGGUGGACAUCUUCAGGAAGCUGGGCCUCCGUCAGUGUCUGGUCACCAGGAGCGGGCGUCUCUUGGGUAUCAUCACCAAGAAGGAUGUACUUCGACACAUGGCCCAAAUGAUGAACCAGGACCCAGAGUCCAUCAUGUUUAACUAGCCACCAGAACUGGAUCAGUCCGGGCUCAAGAGACUGUGUAAAUAGGUGCAAUGCUACUGUACGCCAGCCUGUGAAACCCCCUUCUCCAGACAGGCAAGUCCACUGACCCCCAUAGUGUCUACAGCGAUGCUGCAUCCAAGUUUAAUGCUUUUCAGUGGAAAAUGCACGGGAGCGUUAAAGGACCACACCGGUGUUUUUACGUGUUGUAGCCCAUUUACUACAAAUCAUGUGUAUUUUAUUUUACUCCCGACCAUCUUCCAAAGCAUUCCAUGGUGUUUUAAGACUUUUUUUUAAUACGUUUUUCACACUUUCCUGGUUAUCGUCGUGGGACAAUGCAGUAGAAAACCCCACAAAAUUCUCAAAUAAACCUGCUCUUUCAGCUGUAUCAUACCGCAACGAUAAUAUAACUUUGAACAAAAAUAAAGGCGACUACGUGUUCACUGUGGGGCGGAACGGUGGUGCAGUGGUUAGCGCGGUCGCCUCCCAGCAAGAAGGUCCAAGAAGGGUUUGCAUUUUCUCCCCGUGUCUGCAUGGGUUUCCUCUGGGGGCUCCGGUUUCCUACCACAGUCCAAAGACAUGUAGGUGUAGGUCAGGUGAAUCGGCUGUACUAAAUUGUCCCUAUAGGUGUGUGUGCGUGUGCGUGUGCGUGUGUGUGCGUGCGUGCGUGUGUGUGUGCAUGCGCGCGCGUGUCCACCCGCCCGCCCCCUGUGAUGGUCUGGCAGCCUGUCCAGGGUGUCUCCCCUCCUGCUGCCCAAUUACUGCUGGGAUAGGCUCCAGCCACCCCGGUUGGAAUAAGCAGUUUGGAUAAUGGAAGGAUGGAUGGAUGGGUGUUCACUGUGAUGGAUAAUCUCUCAAGCAAGUUUCAGAGUCUUUGCAAGUUGAAUUUCGUACCACACUGAAAUCACUGGAAACCAAUGGCUGCACGGAAGGCAUCACAAUGCAUUCAAAAACUCAA